AUGGCCGUUAAGGCAAUGAAACAGUUGGGUUUUUCAACUGUUAGUGGUGUUCACACUAACCGUUUUUUCACACUCAAUAUAAAGAGAAUCGUUUAUGAGCUGGAUUAUCAAGAUUCUUCAUUUGAUUUUGUUUUGUCUAGAGAUCUUGAUAAGGUUUAUGUUCCUGCUUUGCUUGUACUUGAGGUUGAACAUGUUCUUAAGCCUAACGGAAUUGGUGCACUUCUUGUUGGUGCUAAAAGUUCACACCAUAAUGAUUUGAGUAGAUCAGCUACACCAGUUUCAUCAUUGUUGAGAUCUUCUAGUGUUGUUCAUGUUGAUUCUAUUGAUGAUGAACUUAACCUUGUUGUUUUCAAGAAAAGAUCUGAAAAUGCAACAUCUUUUUUCAACCACCAUCAGCUUAGUUUACCUGCUGAUUGUCCUAGUUUGGCGUUAACCAAACCUCUUAUAGAUCUAAUGGAACCUCUUGUGAGUGAGAAACCGAAACCGUCCUAAGCGACGCCGGUUUAAUAUUUGCCCAAGUUUGUAGAUGUUUCUAAUAGGAAGAGGUUGGUGUAUAUUGAUAUUGGGGUAGGAGAGAUUUUGAAUGCAAAUGUCAGUGAUUGGUUUCUACCUUCAUAUCCAAUUGAUCAGAAAGAUUUCAAUGUUUAUUUUGUUCACUACAACACUUCCAUAAUGUUGUCUCAUGUGAAGAGACCUGGUAUCACGUUUGUUUAUCACCCUGGAUUAGCCGGUAAGGUCGUCACCGAGGCCGAUGUUGAUGUUCAUGAGGAGGAAGAUGAAGAAGUGGAUCCUUAUGUUGGGGAGGAAGAGUUUGAUUUCCUUGCUUGGUUUAAAGAAACAGUGCAAUAUGCUGAUUUUGUUGUGUUGAAGAUGAAUGCAGGUGAAGUUGAACUCAAGUUUCUUUCUGAUGUAUUUGACAGUGGAGCUAUAUGCUUUGUUGAUGAGUUGUUUCUAAGAUGUCCUGAUAUCACAAGCAAGGAAAGUUGCAUGGAUGUUGACAAAAGUCUAAGAGAUGAAAAGUCGGCUAGUGACGGAUUUCAAGAAGCUAUAAACUUGCUGCAAUCACUUACUUUAAAAUCUGAAGCCAGUGGGCUUGAGCAACGGCGGCUAUCAGUUCUAGACUUCCUUAGAAACCAACUGACAGAUGAUGAUAAAUAA